CCGCUUUCUCUUUCAAAGCUCGUAAUCUUAAUUCAUCGACUCUGGAUAUUACUCGAUACUUUCACGAAAGCCUUAUCCUGGGACUCGAGUCGAUUUUUGACAAGACAAGUACUGCGGCGUCGUCGAAAUGAGCCAUCAACAGCCUGGCGUCCCUCCGGCUCCACCUCUUGGAGCAAUGGGACGUGGUGCUCCGGGACCCCAUCCUCAUCCACAAGGAGGAGGUAGAUCAGGACCGCAACCAAAUUUUCAAGGACCUCCGCAAGGUCAUCCAGCUCACCAAGGUCAUCCAGGACAGGGUGGUCCACCACCUGGCGGACGUGGUCAGUCUCUGCCGCAAAUGCAAAUGCCUAUGCGACCACGACAUGAAUCUUCUCACGUAGUGGAUCUGAACGCCUCAGAGAAACGACCACUUGACGAUGCAGCGUACAGAAAGUUGUUGACAACACACACGGUCUUUUCAAUUAGAAAAGUUGUACCGACUGGAAAAGAAAAAUCCACCUGGGCAAAAGCUAUAGUAACUGAAGAGGCUUUAUCACAAGAGGAUAUUGUUGCCCAGUUGAAAAAAUUGAAGGACUCCUCACAAACAAUAACAGAUAAAAAAGGAGCUUUAUAUCCAAAUCAGCAGAGCCAAGUAAAUAAACUUCUGGAUCGGUUGAAAAACGAGGAAUCGGAUCAACACUUUGAUUGGUCCCUUGUUCAGCUUGAUCGAAGAGAGAGGUCUUCCAACAAAGUGAGAGAAACUGUUUUGAUCACCGUCAUAGUAAAACGUUCGCCCAGAGAUGAAGUUAAUGCCACCGCACUUUUCACCAUCAUCGACAGGCAAAAACAAGAAAAAUUAGCACACUUGACCAGACCUCCAAUGCAACCUCAGCCUCAACCUCAGCCUCAACCCCAAACUCAUCCUCAUCCUCAAUUUCAACCCCAACCACAAGGCCAACCUCAACCUCAAUUUCAACCUCAGCUCAGACCACAAAACGCUCCGCCCAAUCCGAAUGGGCAACCUCAAGCCCCUAUAAGAAUUAUUCAUACGUCUAGCCAAAAGGAUGGAAACCAGGGCCGAUCAAGAAGCAAAAGCAGACAAAGACCGACGCGCUAUCAGUCAGACUCAAAUUCAGAAUCCGAAUCUGAUAGCGAUACGCUCUCAACUGGAGCUUCGACCAUCAGUAGCUCUCUGGUCACUAGCAUUAGUUCUCAUUCUGAUGGGCGCUCAAAGAAGUAUAGUUCACGUGGUAGACGAGGUCGUAGCCAAAAAGCUGUACCACUUUCCGCUCCCAAUGCCAUUGCACAAGCAUUUCGACAAGGUAGAGAAGAAGAAAGGGCUGCUGCCCAGUAUUAUCUUUCUCAGCCGCACCGACCGAUCAUUAUUGAUGAGCCAUCAAGAGCUGUGGUACCUGCCGGUCGUCGCGAACUUGAAUAUGAUACCAUAGCGCCGAGAUAUCCUGCGCGUCAACAUACAGAAGUCCCAAUGGUAGAAGCUCCUCGGUAUAGAGAACAUCAAUAUUCAAGGCCCGCACCUCGAUAUCGAGAUGACCUAUACAACGAAAGACACCUUGAUGACCUACUUGAGGAUGAUUCUCCACCUGUCAUCAUCCGGAAUGUGAGAUCAGUUCCACGAGAGGCCACUUAUAGACGUCGUUUUUCUGACGCUGAGAGCUACAUUGAUCGAGAUUCAACCACAACUAGAAUCCCAUUCACAGGUCUUCGCCCUCAAAUCCCUCAAUUUCGCCGUCAUCCAUUCACCCCAAGAAGUCCACCACGGCAUCGGUACAGUUCCAGUUAUAGCAGUGAUAGUGCGUAUGCAUAG